UCUUUAGGUUCGUCGAGAACUCGAAACAAUGUGUUCUGGAGAAAGACCAGAGGCCAUCGUUCUCAUUGGCGUUGAAACACAUGUCUGUGUGGAAAAUACAGCUAUUGAUUUGAGACAGAAUGGUUACGAGGUUCACACUGUGGCAGAUUGUUGUUCUUCGCGUUUCCAAGAAGACAGACUGCUUGCUCUUGAGAGAAUGAGGGACAUAGGAUGUCACAUAGCUACUUCUGAACAUGUUAUAAUGAAACUUAUGCGAAAUGCGGAUCACGAGAAAUUCAAGGAAAUAUUGAAAUUUGCUAAAGAAGGAACUCUAUACACAGGAUUGGUGCCUGUUUCAAAGAUAUAAAAACUUUGAUAUUAAUUACGAAGAUUAAUUACCUUUAAAGGUCCAACAAAAUCAAACUUAGUUGGUCUAUAAUUGUUUUGGAACAUUCUUGUUGCAUAUACUAUUCAUAUAUUUACUUCAAUGAUAAGAUGUUUUGCUAUAUAUAUUUUAUAUAAAUUUUUUCUCUACACAUUUUAUAGAAAUAUUUUGCGCUGAAGGUGGAGAUAAAAAAUGAUAUUUUACUAAGGCAUUGAUACUUUAUUUGUAAGCAAUAUUAAAGAUGCAAUGUUUUAAGUACCCAAUGAAAGAAAAUGAAUAAACAAAAUAAAUAACAAUUUGCUGUUU